AGUCAAUGGGCGCUCCCCAUAACUUCCCCUCCUCUCACAUAAAUCCAUCCCCCUCUAGCUUUCCUUCUUCCACUCUUCCCCCUCUCUCCUCCCUUCUUUUAGCUUCGACCUCUCUCUUGGAUCUCUCCUCUCUCUUCUCACACAGCCACAAAAAACCUCUACUAUAGUUAUUAGCGCUGCACUAUUACACUAUGGGAAGGUCUCCAUGUUGUGAGAAGGCUCACACCAACAAAGGAGCUUGGACAAAGGAGGAGGACCAACGGCUCAUCGCCUACAUCAAAUCCCAUGGAGAAGGCUGCUGGAGAUCCCUCCCCAAGGCUGCAGGUUUGCUUCGAUGCGGCAAGAGCUGCCGUCUCCGGUGGAUAAACUACCUCCGGCCCGAUCUCAAGCGUGGUAAUUUCACCGAGGAGGAAGACGAGCUCAUCAUCAAACUCCAUGCUUUGCUUGGUAACAAAUGGUCUCUGAUAGCCGGGAGGCUACCGGGAAGGACCGACAACGAGAUCAAGAACUACUGGAACACCCACAUCAAGCGGAAGCUCCUGUCCCAAGGCCUGGACCCCCAGACUCACCGGCCGCUCCAAGGCGGCGCCGCCUUCGCCACCCCCCAGCAACAGGAGGCCCCCACCGCCAUCGCCAAGCCCGUCAACUCCGCCGACGAGGGCCAAAGCUGCAGCACCAACCUCGACGAGGACCGCUUCCCGGACCUCAAUUUAGACCUCUCCAUCAGCCUCCCUUGCCACUCUCCCAAAGGGUCCCCACCUUCAGAGGGCUUAGCAACAACAGCAGCAGCAGCAGCAACGUCCCGAAGUAGCUACAGUACUCAACCCAUUUGCUUAUGUUGCCAUCUCGGAUUUCAAAGCAGCGAAGUUUGUAGCUGCCAAACCAUUCCAAACUCACAUGUCUAUAGAUACAUUAGACCAUUGGAAGAAGGGCAGCGCAUAAAUUACUCUAGUUAGGCUUGUAUUGCACUCUUCUUUCUGGAUCAUAUUAGCCUGCUUCGGCUUU